AUGGAUGUUUCUCCGUCUUCUGGCGAGCCCAAAACGCCUCCUCCCUUCCUCGGAAACCCGGAACCUGAUGCCGAUCUCGGUCAGGGGGGCAAAGAUGCCACCAGCAAUGGCAGCGUCGCCUUGUCCCGUCCAGAAGCAGAAGCAGACCCUACGCCGCCAGAUAUCCACCCCCCCGACGUGGCCACUCAAACUCGACAAAAGGUCUACCAUACUGGAUGGAAGCUCCAUGCCUUGACAGCAGGACUAUGCCUCAGCUUGCUGCUCUCGACCCUGGAGACCACCAUCGUGAGUACCUCUCUGGUGUCUAUCGUCGACCACCUUCAAGGUUUCGAUAGGGCCAGCUGGAUUGUGACCUCCUAUCUGUUGACAUACACUGGUUCGUGGUCCCGAUCGUUUUCAGAGCUCUUCCAGGGUAUGGGAGGCUCUGGCAUCUAUUCGCUCUCCCCCAUCAUGGUUUCCGCUGAUGGUCCCCUCCGUCCCAAGUUCGCAACAUACAUCGCCAUUGUAACCUCCGUCUUCGCCAUCUCUAGUGUUCUCGGCCCUCUUCUGGGAGGCGCCAUCACCGACAACACCACCUGGCGCGGCCCAGGCGGAGCCCUUGCAGCCGCACUCGUAGCGCUCGCGAUACCCUUUGGCUUCCCCUAUGGCGACUCGACUACAUUCUUCCGCAGCUUGAUCUCGGAAAAGAGGUGGAAACGCAUUGACUUGCUCGGCGCGACCCUUUCGUUGGCCGCAUCCAUUCUCCUUAUAUUUGCUCUCCAGCAAGGGGGCGUAGAGUAUGCCUGGAACAGUGGCGCCAUCAUCUCAACGUUUGUCCUGUCUGGUACUCUGUGGCUGGCUUUCAUCGCCUGGGAGCGCAAGCUGUCGGGAAGGAGCGGCGUCUGCGAGCCCAUCUUCCCCUGGCGUCUGACCUCAAACCGAUUUGUCGUUGGUUUGCUUCUAAAUGGCUUUCUCACGGGCUUCCCUUUCAUGGCCGCAAUAAUCAAUAUUCCGCAGCGGCUGCAGACGGUCAACUCGACAACCGCCAUCGGCGCUGGACUCCGCAUGCUACCUCUGCUACUUCUAUCCCCGGUGGCAAGCGCUCUCUCCGGCGUGUUGAUUACGAAGCUCAAAGUUCCCCCGCUUUACGUCCUCACCCUGGGCGGUGUGCUUCAGGUCAUUGGCGUCGGGUUGUUCAGCUCACUUGAUUCGACCACUCUGAGGGUCCCAGAUGCACAGUACGGCUAUCAGGUCAUCAUGGGCCUUGGGUUUGGCUUCAAUCUAGCAACCAUAUUAAUGAUGGCAACCAUUAUCGUCUCAGAGAAAGACCUAGGCGGCACAAUUGGCCUUGCCGUCUGCUCUGCAUUGCUUAUUGACCACAUUAGGUCUCAAGCCUCGGCCAUCUUGACGCCGACGGAACUUGCUAGCAUAUUGUCAUCGUCAGGCAACAUCGCCUUGCUGCCCCCGGAAAAGCAGUAUGCGACGAGGGUCAUUUUCGCCGAGGCCUAUUCGCGGCAAAUGAGGGUCAUGUUGUACUUUUCCUUGGCUGCCCUCGGUUCGAUUCUAUUUCUGUUUGAAAAGAAGCCGAGGAGAGCGGUGACUACGACGACAGUGGAGGAUCCGACAUCCCGGUCUUCAUAG